GAAUUGCUGCAUUUGAGAUGGAGUAUGGACACUGGGUUGAAGAGCAAACUAGGCAAAUUUGUGAACUGAGGUCUGCUUUGCAGGCCCAUAUUAGUGAUUUGGAGCUUCACAUACUAGUGGAGGGUGGCUUGAGCCACUAUUUUGAACUUUUCCGCAUGAAAUCUACUGCUGCAAAAGCCGAUGUUUUCUAUAUAAUGUCUGACAUGUGGAGGACAGCAGCCGAACGUUUUUUCUUUUGGAUAGGAGGAUUUCGCCCUUCCGAGCUUCUUAAGGUUCUCGGUCCUCAUCUUGACACCUUGAAUGAGUCACAAAAUAUGGAAGUUAAUAAUCUAAGACAGUCAUGUCAGCAAGCGGAAGAUGCUCUAACUCAAGGCAUGGAGAAAUUACAGUCGACUCUUGCUGAAACUGUGGCUGCUGGUCAACUGGUAGAAGGAGGUUACAUCCCAAGGAUACCUACUGCAAUGGAGAAGUUGGAAGCUCUAGUUAGCUUUGUGAACCAGGCUGAUCAUCUUCGCCAAGAAACACUACAGCAGAUGUCUCGUAUCCUAACAACUCGCCAGGCAGCUCGAGGCUUGCUUGCACUAGGAGAGUACUUCCAACGUCUUAGAGCUUUGAGUUCAAUUUGGGCAACCCGUCCUCGUGAGCCUGCGUAAUCUUAUACCCGAAAAAAUCAACAAGCUCAAAAUCUCUGGAAGAUUAUCAUUGUCGGAACUUUGUUUCCUGAUCAGAGGUACCUCUGGACAUUGCUGUUAUAAACAUAAUGGUCAUGCUUUAAACUGCCGACAUUUUUGAAGCAGCUGCAAGCGUCUUGAGAAAUUGUAAAUAUAAAUAGUCUUUUUACCUGGACAAAGUUAUGUUUGUAAUUAAAUCAAUUUUUGAUGCAUGGUGUUCAUUUUUAUCAUCUCUUAAAGAAUAUAUUUAGGGUUUAUGUU